AUGCCUUCCUUGUUCAACAGUCUUCGUGGCGGAAUUUAUGUUGCUGCUAUCCUGUUCACUGUGAUUUGUCUGGCAAUGGCUGGCCAUUUUGAAGCAGUACUAGCGUCUUCGGACCUCACUCGUUUCGUGCCGUUCGCACUGUUCGUUGGAAGUGCCAGCCUUUUGAUUAUUCUUCUUCUGCAAGUCACCCCCUGUUGCAUCUUUUCAUGCGGUCCUGAUAGGAAUCCAAUUUCAACAAGACUUGAACUUGCAUCCUUAGCUCUUGCGGGUAUCUUUUGGCUAGCACUCGGGAUUUAUUUGGCCUCAUCCGACUCUCAAUCCGCGGACGUAGAAUGUUUUGCUUCCGCUACGUCUACGCAAGUUUUAGACGACUCUUCUGCCAGUUUUCACACGGAGCAGUAUCAGGCGAUGUAUCGUGUUCUCAACGCCUUUUCUCUGAUCAACGCUACUCUCCUUCUCAUUUUUGCGUUUGGCCUUUUUUUGCUUGCUCUCCGGAGACAUCGCAAAGGCGACGAGCAUAUGUGGUAUGGUCCGGUCACAUCAUGCGCCUGGUUCAACGAAUACAGCAAACGAAGAGAUCGUGUCAAGCGUUCGCAGAGUGGAAUCCUGCCUGUCGAGACUGUCGUUCCCGUGUUCACCGAGAAACCUUCAAGAAGAUCGACACGUCAUAGAAGUCAAUCUCGAGGGCACUCCCGUGGUCACCCUCAAUCGCACCGUCAUAGACGAGAGCCGACCACAUACCCAGCGAGGGUUUACCAAUCUCAAAUGAAUAGCAAGUAUGUUCCCAAAGAGGAACCGCAAUCAUCUGGGUCAUCUCUUCUUGCAUCUACAACGGAGUCCUUUGACAACGGAACGAUGAAGAAUCCCAACAGACGGUGA